AACAACUGACGUGGACCCAAAAUAUCCACCACCAUCUUUGCCCCCAUCAGCUCUGUACUAUAAAGCAGAGCAGUUCUGUAGAAGGCAGUAAGUAAACGAUAACACAGUGAGCAGCUUGUGUUUGUUGAAAGUCCGCAGAGGGAGACCCUUAUAGUUAUUGCAGUCUAAAAUGGCCGCUGCAUUUGCAAUGCAAUCCAUCUUUGCAAGCCCUGUGACCGUGAGUGGUGGUAGCCAUGUGGGUAGGCCUAAUCGCUUCCUUCCUGCCACCUACAUGAUACCACGCCUUCCCAGAAACAGUGGCAUGUGCGUUCGAGCAAUGUCGGAGUCGGAGGAAGAGAAGGACCAACAAACUGCAGCAAAAACAACUCCAUCUCCAACACCUACGCCUACACCUACACCAACGGCAAGGCCAUCUCCACCUAAAGUGAGCACGAAGUUUGGUGAUGUGUUCGCUUUUAGUGGGCCAGCACCGGAGAGAAUCAACGGCAGGUUGGCCAUGAUAGGCUUUGUUGCAGCAUUGGCAGUGGAGGUAGGGAAGGGUGAGGAUGUGUUGGCUCAACUAUCAAACGGUGGAAUCCCAUUGUUCCUAGGAACUAGUAUAUUGCUGACAGUAGCAUCACUGAUCCCAUUGUUCAAUGGGGUGAGCGUGGAGUCUAAGUCAAAGGGUUUCAUGACAUCUGAUGCUGAGCUGUGGAAUGGGAGGUUCGCCAUGUUAGGUCUGGUCGCAUUGGCCUUCACUGAAUACGUUAAGGGCGGGACCCUGGUGUAACUUUACCUUUCUUCUUUUUUUGAUUUUAUAUAGGGACAGAAACCACUUAACUCUUUGGGUCAA